ACAAAUAUGAACCCUUCAUUUUAGCUGAACAGUCCGAUCAAGUACAUUACUUACCUUAUCCUAGCAAAAGGCGAGACAAAAAAGACUGGUGGGCAGUAUGCAAGAUAAAAGCUCGCUCUGAGAUAGACAUGCCUGAAACAACUGUUCCAGCUUUCCAAGAUGAUAGUGCAGAUCAUCUGCUCGAUGUCAUAACAAAUGAAGAACCGACAAAUUUAGUUGAUCCGAAUGGCGAGGCGGACGAGGCUGCAUUACACAACCCUCCAUUAGUAGAGACGGAAGAUGAUUAUCCACCAUCUUCAUCAGACGAUGAAGACAUUGGAGCGGCAGAUAAUAUAGAAAUUGCAUGAUUCGUUUAAGUGUCAUUUAUGUAGAAUUUUGACUUUUAUUUACAUUUGUUGAUGUGGUAACUUUAUUUUGUUAAUAAAUUAUGUGUUAUGGUUUUUAUAAUAGUUGUGUUUAUUUUUUUCUUGUCGAAUAUUUUUUUGUAAUCUUUUUUGCAGAUAUGAGAGGUUCAGGUGGUUCUUCUGCCGGCCGAGGCCGCGGUAGGGAUACAGUUCAGGGACGCGGACGUGGACGCGGCGACCCAGAGCAGGAUGCCCCUGAGGACUCGGAUCCCGGGGCUGAGCAGCAGGUGCUAGCUGCUAGACCUGCGCCGCGGAGAGCGGCGAGACAGCCGCAACCACAGGGCCAGCCACCAGCGACGGACGAGACUGGGAGGGUUAGAGUUACACCAGAUGCUGCAAGAGAAAAAUUACUGGAUAGCAGGAACGACAGCGGAACAGCAUCUAGGGCGAUCUUGCCCAUUUUCCGAUGUAGAUGGUUUGCUGAGGGUUCCUCGUGGACGAAGAUUACAGCAGAGCAUAAGGGCUUCUACUUCGAGGAGUUCAAGAAGGGUUUUUGCUGGGACCCGACCUACCCUGAGGAUCUGAUUAGAGGGGUCUUCUACCGACAUGCGGGCAAUCGGUAUAAAGAUACUCUCCACAACAUGAAGCCGGAUAAAAAAGAGGGCAGUGUUAGUGCUGAUACUUGGGCGUCAUGGAAGCGAGACUGGGAUACUGCUGAGGCUAAGAAAAAGUCCGAUAUAGCACGAGCUAAUCGGAUGAGUGAGCCGUCCGGAGCUGGCACCGGACCUGUUCGACAUACCGCAGGAUCGCGAUCGGCUACGAGGCAUAAGACAGUUAUGACUGAGGAGCUUGGUCGAGAGCCCACUUUGGCUGAGUUGCAUGUACGGUUGCACCUGACCAAAGCAGAUCGGACUGUCUUUGUUGACAAGAGAUCAAAGGAUAAAAAUGACCGUUUUCAGGCAGAGCUUGCUGCAGCAACACAGUCUCAGGCAGCUGGAGAAGGGAGUUCGUCGACUCCAGAGCCGAUCGACGAGAACGAGCUGUUUUUGUCUCUCGAGGCAGUCAAGAAGCAGCGAGUCUACGGUAUUGGAUCGGCUUCAGCAUCCUACAUCGGCCAGAGCAGCGCUAGCCGAUUGCGCCGCGGCGGAUCAUCCCAGCAGGGGAACGUUUGUAAUAACCCGGAAAUUUAA